AUGCUUCCCUCGCUAGCCUUGACGGCCAUCGCUCUCCUGCCAGCAGUGCAGGCAGCACCUCCAAUUCACCACCCCCAAGGCAUCUACCGCCGCUGCGGCCCAGUCUCCAAAUACUACAACCAAAAGACCUCUGACUGGGACGCCAACAAUGUCGGCGACUGGAUCAACAACUGGUGGGACAGCAACAGCGGCCUGAUAUCCAACAGCUCAGCCGGAUUCGCCGGUGCCUUCGGGCAAUGGGCAAUGGGCAACCCGGACUGGAGCUGUCGAGACGAUGGCUCGGACUCAGACUGUGAUCUGCAGUUGUGUGACAAUCGUGUGCUCAAUGACCGUGGCAACGAUAUUCGUCCUACAUACUACGUUCUUGAGUCUGUUAAUCGUCUGCAUACUUACUUUACGGGUAUUGGAGAGGCUUUUGUCACUACUGCUUUGGGGGCUGCUUUGUCGAAGGAUUCUUGGGCGACGACCUUUUAUAGGGAUAAGGAUGAUAAGAGUGUUACUGCGCUUAAGGAGGUGUUGACUCUUGUCACUACUAUUGUUGGUGUUGGGGCGUCUUUUGCCGGUCUGGGACCUGCUGUUGCUGGUGCUGUUGCCGGUGCUGGUAGUGCGCUUACCAGUGGUGGUAUCAAUGCAGCUGUCAAUACUCUUCCUAGUCACCAGGAUGAUACUUUCGAAAAGUCCGCCGAUCUGGGCGGUAUUCUGGGCAGCAUUGUCGUGGACUCGCUGAAGUCCUUCACGACCGCUAACAACCAGCUGAUGAGCGGCCAGUCCUACGGCGACGCUGAUAUCCGUAGCUACCUCUCCGGAGGAGCUUUCCUCGCCUACCCCGGCGUUGACAAGAAUGCCGUCACCGACGCCAUGACCAACAUGCUAGUCGGCACCUCCAUCAACCAGCUGUACCGCACUCAGAAGAUCUUCAUCAUGGGCGGUGGUGCCUGUGAUGACAACCAGGGCAUUGGGUCCGGUCCCCAGGAAGCCACUGUUUGUCGUGAUGGCCAGGCCUGGUACCUCUACUACUGGCAAGAGAACGACGUAGUGUCCACGACCUCCCACCAGUGGGGAUGGGUCGCUUCUCCCCCGGGAGCCGACCAGCUCGGACAGGGAGCUUACGGCGGCGUCAGUGUCCAGGAUAUCAUCAACUCCUCUCUCGACGCGUACAAUGUUGCCGGUUACAACUACGACUCCGAUACAGCCGCCAGCCGUGCUUCAGAUGCCAUCUCUAACUCCUGGGCAAGCCCUGGCGCGCACGGUGCGUCUUGGGAGGGUAUCUUCACUAUCCCGGUUUGCGAUGUCGGCGGUGCAGUCAACUCCGAUUACCAGGGCAAAGAGUACAUUCUUCAGCCAUAUGGACAUGACAGCCGUCCUGUUUGGUGUGGUGCUAUCUGCAGUGGUGACUCCCAGAAGACUAGCGAUUUCAUCAAUGCUGCUAACAUGGGUGGUUUCCAAAGCCCGAAACAUCUCUGUAACUCGGACCCUGGAUAUUAG